AGAUACAUAACCACGCAUCGAUUCAGUUUCAGCUGCCAAUGUGGCGCGCAUUUACGCGAGUGAGACAAAAGCUUCUAGAGCAGUGUGCCAACGGAGCAGCGACAAAAGUCUGGCCUCAAUUAACACAAACACAUUUCCAACUCCAUCACAACAAUUGCGUUUACUUGCACAUCAAAGCCGCUCGCAAUAUUAUGAGCCCGAAGCCAAAGGUUGUAUUCGUGUUGGGUGGACCCGGUGCUGGCAAGGGCACUCAAUGCUCAAAAAUCGUUGAGCGUUUCCAGUUUACGCAUUUGUCGGCGGGCGAUUUGUUGAGGGAGGAGCGAGCAAGGAAGGGCUCAGAGUUUGGUGCACUAAUUGAUGAUUACAUACGUAAUGGCAAAAUUGUACCUGUCGAGGUCACGUGCUCGCUGCUCGAGAAUGCCAUAAACAAGUCGGGCAAGUCACGAUUCCUCAUUGAUGGAUUUCCUCGCAACCAGGACAAUUUGGAUGGCUGGAACAAGCAAAUGUCCGACAAGGUGGACAUGCAGUUUGUGCUGUUCUUCGACUGCGGCGAAGAUGUUUGCGUGGCACGCUGCUUAACACGCGGCCAAGGCGGCUCUGGACGAACGGAUGAUAAUGAGGAGAGCAUGAAGAAACGAAUACAAACUUAUUACAAUGAAUCGUUGCCUAUUAUUAAGUAUUUCCAAAACAACGGACUGGUUAAAACCAUUGAUGCUAGCCCUGACGCAGAUAAGGUGUUUAGCGAGGUGGAACGUGUGUUCGUGUCUUCGGGCUUUCAGUGAGAAAUGGGAGAACCGCAAGCGACUACAAAAUCGAUGAGGUUGUCUGACUCAUUUCAUGGUUUAGGUUAUUAGCUCUAGCUAAUUUUUUGUGCGGGAUUUUAGGAAUUGUGUUCAUUUGUGUGUGUGUGCGUCCACAGCCAGGGCCCUAAUAUUUAAUCUAAUUUAGCACCAUUCAAUAUAUGCAAGAUAAAGUGAAACUUAAAUACGAUAAUAGUGAAAAAUAAACAAAGGCUUGUUGUAGUUCAUUAA